AUGGCUCCAAAAAAGACAAGUUCCCGCGCCACAGACAAAAGUAAAAAUGAGGACGAUGAAGAACAUAGCAGUGAGAACAGCAAUGACGAAUGUGAAGGUGAAACUUCGAAAGCGUCUGACCCAAAAGAUGGCGAAGAAAGUGAGGGAGAAUCGAGUGAUGCCAGUGAUGAACAAGAAGAGAAUAGUGAUACGAGUGGUGAUGAAGGAGAGGCGGAGCCGAUUGUGCUAAAUGUGACACAACGCGCGAAACGAGUGACUGCGGGUAACAAAAUGGCGGCUCUUUUGGCAUCCGCUGAUCAGGAAGACGAGUUUUACAAGACCGCUUAUGGAGGCUUCGAAGAGAAUGACGAGGUCGACAGAGAAUUCAAGUCACCGGUUCACUCUGAUGAUGAUGAGGUUGACUCGGAUUUCGAUAAGGAAGAAGAGGAUGACGAGCCGGUUAGCGGAGGAGAAGACGAUGGAAAACCGAGGAGAAAGAAGAAGAAGUUUAAUGAACCAAGACGAGGUAUGACUGCCGACGAUAUUCUGGCGAAGAACAAGAAAUGGGCGAUGGCACGAUUGGCUGGUAAUAUGGUGGCGGCGAAUACGGUGGAUGAUAAAACACAGAUGGCGAUGUUGAAGGAGGCGGAGAAGACGGAGAAAAUGAAUAUUGAGUCGUUGAAAAAAUACGAGGAAUUCGAGCUGGAAAGGAAGCGAAAACGUGAGAAGAACACCGUUCGCGUCUUCCCUCCAGGACCCAGAGAGCAGAUCAAAAUGACUGCCGGUGGAACGACUGUUACAGUAUCAGAAGUCAAGAAUUUCUUCUAUUUCUAA